CCCCAGGGGCGUGCAGCGAUCGGUGGUGCGCUGUGUCCCUGGGACACAGCAGAUCACCGAUCAGAGUAAAGAACCAAUGACACAGGCUCUAGGGGACAUCUACGCUGAUCAUCAGGGCACUGAUGAUUAGUGCACUGAUGAUCAGUGUAGCCCCAUCAUUGCCACCUGUCAGUGCCCAUCAUUACCAUGUCAGUGCCCAUCAAUGCCACAUAUCAGUGCCCACAAGUGCACAUCAAUGCCACAUAUCAGUGCCCAUCAGAGCUGCCUUUCAGAGCCGAAUAUCAGUGCCUAUCAGUGCCACCAAUCAGUGCCAGUCAGUGCCGCCUAUCAGUGCCCAGCAGUGCCGCCUAACAGUUCCAAUCAGUGCUGCCUAUCAGUGCCAGUCAGUACCGGCUCUCAGUGCCACCUAUCAGUGCCAUAUAUGAGUGCUGCCUUUCAGUGCCCAUCAGUGAUGCCUGUCAAUGCCCACAAGUGAUGCCUGUCAAUGCCCAUCAGUGCCACCUAUCACUGCCUCAUCAGUGCCGCCCAUCAGUGCCCAUCACUGCAGCUUCAUUAGCCACAUCACAUGUACAAAAGUUUAUAACAGAAAAAAAGAAAAAAAAAGUUUUUUUAGUCUUUUUUAGUUUGUUUAGCAAAAAAAA